CGCAGCCCGGUGACCGAGCGCGCGGGGCCCUCGCCGGGCGCCCCCCCCGCCCCGCGCCGCCUCCAGCGCGAGUGACAACGCGCCCUCCGGGCUCGGGAGCGGCGGCGGCGAACCACCCCGGGCAGGGCUCGCUCGCCGGUGACAUCACUCCCGAAGAUACUCCCCGCUCUCAGCGCUUGCCUUCGCGCGGCGUCCGUCCGUUGUCCGUUUCCUUCCGUCCGCUGCUGGAGAGGGCUCGUCGCCGGCCAGGGACAGAACCGAGCACCGAGGAGCGGCAGGACCCGGAGGAGGAGGGAGAGCGAAGGCAGCGAGGGCAGGAGGCCCCCGGCAGGCGACAGCAUGCAGUUCAGCCCAGCGCUCUGCCUGCUGCCUCUCCUGCCGGCGCUGGUCCUCAGCACCAGACAGGGCUAUGAAGAGCUCGAGAAGCAGCUGAAAGACGUCUUUAAGGAGCGAAGCACUAUCCUCCAUCAGCUGACAAAGACAUCAAGAGAACUUGAUGGAAUUAAAGACAACCUGCAGUCUUUGAAAAAUGAUGAGAAAUCCGCCAAAACUGAUGUUCAGAUGCUUCUGGAAAUAGGUCAGAAACAAAGAGAACAAAUGAAGUCUCUUCAGGAGAUGCUGCAAAAUCAACUUAAAGAAACAUCUGAGAAAGCAGAAAAACAAGAGGCUACUAUAAACUUUUUAAAGACUGAAGUGGAAAGAAAGAGCAAAAUGAUCCGAGAUCUCCAGAAUGAGAAUAAAAGCUUGAAAAACAAACUCUUGUCAGGAAACAAACUGUGUGGCAUCCAUGCAGAAGAGUCAAAAAAAAUCCAAGCCCAGCUGAAGGAGCUUCGUUACGGGAAGAAGGAUUUAUUAUUUAAGGCCCAACAGCUUACUGAUCUGGAACAAAAAUUAGCUGUGGCCAAAAAUGAGCUGGAGAAAGCAGCUCUUGACCGGGAGUCACAGCUGAAAGCAAUGAAAGAGACUGUACAGCUCUGCCUGUCGACUGUUUUCCGUGCUCAGCCUCCCCCUUUGAGUCUCAUCAGGUCAAAUCCAACUCAGAUGUCAAUUCCACCCAGGACAAUUGACACUAAGAUUCCAGAUGCAGACACACAAAGCCAGCCUCAACAGAGCACUCCUGGAAGCCCUCAAGUUGAAAUAACAAAGCAAGAAAAUCUGAAAAUCCCUGAGUGUGAUCCUCAAAAUGUUUUACGAGGCACGACCUGCUUAAUGAAGCACAGAGAAAAUCCCCCAAGUUUUGUCACUGCAGAACCAACGCCUGCCCCGCAGAAAUUGCAAAUGCCUCCUUGUGCUGGAUGUGAGGUGAAGAAAACCCCAGAAAAGCAAUUGACCAGCUUUGAAGGGAGAGCAACUAGAGAAGAAAAGAUACUAUAAAUACCAAGAAACUGUGUUAAGAAGCAUCCAUUUGCUAUCGUCUUCAUACUCUUUUUAGACCACAGGCUGGAUGGAAGUACUAAGUUUUUAAAGCAUGCAACUUUUUCACAAUUUUAUGUAACUUUAUAAAGUAGUCUACAAAUUUUCCAAAAGAUUCCAGGCCAAUUAUGAUCCUUAAGCAAUAACCUAAUUAAAAUGGAUAUCCACAGUCAUAAAUAGUCAUUGUCAUCAGUAAAUUGCCCAGCAUAAAUUGGUCUGUUUCGAACUCAAAUGCAAUGUAACAUUUAAUUCCUCUGGUUCAUUUGGGUAUCUAGCACUUCUGUGAUCUAGUUUUUGAAAUCAACUGGAGGAUGAUAAAAUGUUGUGGAUCCUCAGCAUUCUUAGAAUCCAAAUUGCAAAGAUGAUAAAGAUUUUGGUCCACAUUGGGCAAUUGGAGUCCCUUUCCUCAAAGUUGAAAUAUGUGCCGACCUGAAUAUAUUGUUUAUUUGAGGGUGUUUAUGGCUCUUCUCAUUAUUAUUUUGAACCACAUAACAUGAAGGAAGUUCUGUCAGGGAUUUAGUUAGUUAACAGAAUGCAUUAAAUAUGUUUGAUAUGAUGUAGGCAAAAUACAUGGAUGAAUGACUAAAUUUCUGACACAUUGAUCAGAUUUUCUGGCAUUCUAUAGACACAUCCCUAUGGUUGUCUGCUGGAAUUACUGAGUUAGAAAUCAAGUCAUUUGAAAUGCUCGGCAUCAUUUUUGGCAUGAAAUUUGGUAGUGGAAUGUGAGAUGGGAAGAGGGUUCCAAAAUACAAAUAUGCAAGCAGAUAAUAUACAUUUAAAAAUGGAGAUUUGGUGAAAGUAAAACAGCCAUGAACUCAGAUUUGUAUAUUUUGAAAACAAAUGUAUAAUUAAAACAAAUCAAUGACCGUGAUAAUCAUUGAAGUUGGGGCUCCUCAUAGGAAUAUCACUGAUCAAAUAAAUGCAUUCCUGAAUAAUCUGAAUGUAACUCACAAGCAAGAGGAAUUGACAUUAGUAUGUGAUUAUCUGAUUAAUAGGACUGACAUAGCAUCAAACUUACAGACUCAAAUUAAUGAGUUAAAUGAUCCAGUUAUGUUCUCUGCACUGAAUAUAGUCACUCCUGCUGGUUAGAUCCAUUUUGCAAAUGCAGAAAGCAUACAAAACCAUUGGUUUUAUAGAACGGAUCUGCCAAGCCACAAUUAAUACAUUCGGAGCACUGGGUUCUGGCAGGCUGUGUUAGAAGAUAGUUAAUAAAAAUAUAUAUAUUAAAUGAAAUCUAUAAUCAAUAGAUGAACUUAAAUUCUGGGAUAUAAUGGGAUACCUUUGGUCACAAUGAUAUAUUCAAAGAAAUUUAGUGAUUUGGGGAAAUGGAAAACUAUCAUUAAAGUAAAAGUAAUGUUGUGCUAUAUUCACAUAGCAAUUGUACUUGCAGAGUAAUUCAUGGUCAUUUAUCAAUAUUUUUCAGAUUACAGGCUACCUAAGAAAGAAAGAGAAUCCGUUUUAUAGAUGAUCAUAGAGUUUUCAGAUGAGGUGACCAGGAUAAAAGAAAAGAUCAAAGUCCGAAGUUCCUGCUGACUCCUUCUCAGCUCUAAAAAUUGUGUACUUCUAUGAGAUGGAAUAUUGCUUGUUUCCCGAGUCCUGUUCCUUGUAAUUUCCCCACUGUAUCCAGAAACCCUAACCAUCUCCAGAGGUUUAUGAAAGGGAAGCAGAUACUUGAGUUUUAGUUUAGGUUCACUUUCACGCCCUCAUCCUGUGCCCCAACUUUCCUCCUAGACUCUAUGGAUCCUACGGAAAGUUAAUCACCAGUCCACCUUAGCACAGUAUGUUUGAAGGCAUCUAUGGAACUAAUAAAAAGAAUCAGGUUGAUAUUUUCUGAAAUUUUUAUAGGAUAACAUGUAGAAAGAUGAGAAUUUGGCUUAAUAUUAAUCAAAUUUGAACAGCUUCAUUUGUAAAUUAUUUUUUCUAUGCUCUAAGUUCCUAUUCUAGUAUGUGACAAUAUCAUCAAUUUGCUUCUCUUAAUUACUAGCAUGAUCAAGUGGGCUUUCAAUGAGUAUAA